GCAUCUGAUAUAGAACUGCAUCUUUCAUCAGGCUCAAAAUUCUGUAUUUGUAUAUUUUAGCUUCAUGUUAACAGUUAUUGAUGUACCUACUUGUUCUUUAGUACUCUGUAAGUCUGUCUGAUCACUGUUAACCGAGACACCAUUUCUGCAUGUUGCAGAGAUGCGAGAGCGGGGAGGGUCCGGAGGGAUGGCUGAGUCACCUUCUACUGCACAAAUACAGAACCAGCAGAACCAGCACCAGCAGUACUCUGCCCUCCCUGUAACCACACCAUCUACUCAAGAUACUGCCACCAAUAAGGAAUCUUCGGGUAAUGGAACUGUCGAUGAUUACAUGGAGGACAUCUGCCCAUAUGCAACCUUCCAACUACCAGCAGUGCCAAAGAGUCUUAUGGAGAGAGUACAGAUUCGGGCAUUGUUUACUCUGGACCAUAUCACUCAGUUCAAGGUGCUUUUGUCUACCAUGAUCCCAAGAGAACAACAUUAGAGACAUUUCCAUUAAGACAUGUGAGUUCUGUUAAACUGGUUGAUGUUGUGCAUGUCAAGGUUACAAAAGUUUUUCUUUUUAUGGGUCCUAACAAGUUACUACUACCAAUAAUAACCUCUUUAAAUACCUCCUCUUACAACACUCCUUCCACUUCU